AUGUCGGAAAAACCUAUCUAUCUUUCAGUCUUAAAGCCACGCGAUAUUUGCCAUGCAGCAUCAGCUAAGGAUUUUGCAUCAAAACUCUCAAAAGAUCAACUAGAAUCAAUUUCCAAAAUAACAGACAUCGAUUCUGUUGUUAGAAAGAUCGAAAAAGCAUCUAUAAAGUCACAUUAUGAACCUGAACCAUUUAUUUUUGUAUUUGUACAUCCAGAAACUACAAAAGAAUCAACAUUUUUCCUUAUAUUUACAACAGAUCGCAAAAUGAUUGCUUAUGAUAUCAAAAAUUCAAAAAAGAUAUCAUUCAAAUCUAACGUUGUCGAUAUUUCAAUUAAAUCAAAGACAAAAUUACAAGUUUUAUUUGAAUCCAAGCUUUUCUUGAAAUUUGUUGCAAAUCAUGAUAUUGAUGUACUAGAACCUUACGUUCGUAGUCUUUAUUCUGACAACAAACCUCCUUAUUAUGAAUUUUUACUUGCUUCAUUUUCCGAAGCUCGUUAUCCUUUUGAUAUUUUCCCAGACCUUCGUUCAAUUCUUUCACCAUGCCUAUUCAGUCCAACCAUGGACUUCGUAUUUAGAAGCAUCAGCUCAGAUGUAAAUGGAAAAUUCAAAUUUUUCUUAGGAUACACCACUUUUUCAUUAGCACACUCAGCUGGAUCAUUUGCUUAUGCCUUCACAAACAUUAUACGCUAUAUUUCAUUGCAGUACGAUAACUCUGAAGACUUUUACAAAAAAUCCGAAUUUUUGCUUCCAUUUUUACAAGCUUCUAUUGAUGCUUUUGGCCGUUCAUUACGUGAUGGAUGCACCAUUAUUGCACCUGGUUAUAGAAGUGAUGCCGAUUUAGCUACAAAGGCCAAUAUUUUGGUGAAUUUCUUUUCUAAUUUCAAUUUCAAGCAGGAAUUACAAUAUAUUGGAUCUCAAUUAUAUCAUUUGGUCAAGGAAAAGUACGGAGAAGAUGAUGCACUUAAGACUUGCUCGAGAUAUUUCCUUGGAUAUUUUAUUAAGCAUCUUUAUGAAAUCAAAAGAGCAAAAAUAGAUUCCCAGAAUGAUGAACUUAUCAAAUUCAUCUUGUUUGAACCACAGAAACAAGAACUUACUGCUAAUCAAACAAGAUUAAAAGAAAUCAUUAGGAAGAACUUUGACACAGAGGUUGAAUAUCCAAACAGACGCUCUGUCAGCCAAAAUCCAGGUGUUGCACAUAAGAAUGUCCUCAAAGUUUUCCGUGCUUUGGGAAAUCUUUAUUUACACAGCUUCGAUUGCUACGAUAAGACCAAAUAUUCACCAAUAAAGACUUUUGUUCAGGAUAUUAUUGCUGAAUCUCGUAAAUUACUUGGAGUUCAGCCUCCUCCAGAAGAAAAACCAAAACCUGAAGAAGAAAAGCCUAAAGCUGAAGAACAAAAACCAGAAACAGCUGAAACAAAGCCUAAAGAUGAAGAAGAGAAACCAAAAGCUGAAGAAAACAAACCAGAGGAAGAAAAACCGAAAUCUGAUGAAGAAAAACCAAAGGAAGAAGAAGAGAAACCUAAACCAGAUGAGCAGAAACCAAAGGAUGAAGCAGAAAAACCAAGCGAAGAUAAACCAAAGCCAAAACCGGAAGAAAAACCAAAAUCUGAUGAAAAUAAACCGAAAGAUGACAGUGACAAGCAUGAUAAUGAAGAAACAAGCAGCAGUAGCGUUAGCUAUUCGUAUAGCAAAUCAUCCAGCAAGAAAUAA